CCCAUAUCAUAAUAUGACAUGUUAUGACAUCACAUCAUGACAUCAUAGUGACACUGUUUGAGAUCACUUUGUGUCAUUAUUGUUCAUUAAGUUUCAUAUGAAAUGUCUUGUAGACCCUAGAUUCUUAUUCUUAUCCUUAUCCUCAUCUUUUAAAUCAUCAUUUAAACUGUAAACUUCAGCAGGUCCUGUGGUAGCACCUUGAGAAAAGAAAGCCAGGACAGAGAAAAGAUGGAGAAAAACAACUCUGAUCUUCGACAAGAAAUGGCUCAAAGGAGAAAAGAUCGCAUGCUUUUGUAUGCGAUCCAUGACAAAGGUGACAAGGAGGUUACAGAAAAGAUGGAAGAGGUCAAGAGGUUGGCGGUGCAGUGGCAGCACACCAGCAAGCAAAAGGUCAACAAAAUAAACCAUCUUGAAGGUACCUCGGAGGAAAAGCUUGACCAACUAAAACAGCAGGUGGACAAGCUAGAAAAGCAGCAUCAGAUGGGAAUUUUGGAGAUCACCAGCAAAAUAUUCGAGCUGGAAAAUUCCCUCAAAAAAGAUAAAACCAGGGCUAACGAAGCUGAGAACUGCUCGACCCAAAAGGUGGCAAUAUCGGUACAGAUCAAACCUGUGCUGGAACAAACUCUUCAACAACAGAAAAAACAGUUGGAAAAAGAAGAGAAUAGUCUCAUCAGUGACAAUCAGCUGGCCUUAUCAAAGGAAAGAAAGGAAUGGGAGACAAAAAACUCUGAUCUUUCACAAGAAAUGGCUGAAAUGAGAAAAGAUCGUAAACUUUUGUAUACGAUCUUUGACAAAGCUGACAAGGACUUUACAGAAAAGAUUGCAGAAGUCAGGGAGUUGGCGGUGCAGCAGCAUCACACCAUCAAGCAAAAGGACAACAAAAUAAACAAUCUUGAAGGUGCCUUGGAGGAAAACCUUGACAAACAAAAACAACAGAUGAAAAGUGUUGAAGAAACUCACAGACUACAACACUGGCAAGAAACGAAAAUUUUGGGCCUCACCAGCAAAAUAUUCAAGCUGAAAAAUUCGCUCAAAGAAGAAAAAACCAGGGCUAAAGAAGCUGAGAUCUGCUUAGCCCGACAGGUGGUAGAAUUGGUCCUGACAAAAGCUGUGUUGGUUGAAACAGAACGAAAUCUUCAACAACAGAAAGAGCAAUUGGAAAAAGAAAAGAAUUGCCUUAUCAAUGACCAUCAGCUGGCCUUAUCAAAGGAAAGACAAGAAUGGGAGACAAAAAUCUCUCAUCUUUUACGCGAAAUGGCUCAAAUGAGGAAAGAGCAACAGGAAAGGAGUGCCACCUUUGAGAAAUCUGAAAAGGACUUUUCAGAAAAGUUUGGCCAGGCUCAAAAGCAGAUAGAACAACUCCAAGAGACUAUCGCCGAAAAGGUCUCCAUAAUAAACAAUUUUGAUGGAGUCCUGGAGGAGAAGCUUGACCAACAGAAACAAAAGAUGGACAAACUGGAAAACCAGCAUCAGAUGGAAAUUUUGGACUUCUCUAGCAAAUUAGAGAAGCUGGAAAAUUCCCUCAAAGAAGAGAAAGCCAGGGGAUGCGAAGCUGAGAACUGCUUAGCCCAACAGGUGGUAGAAUUGGUCCUGACAAAAGCUGUGUUGGUUGAAACAGAACGAAAUCUUCAACAACAGAACAAGCAAUUGGAAAAAGAAAAUAAUUGCCUUAUCAAUGACCAUCAGCUGGCCUUAUCAAAGGAAAGAAAACAGCUGGCAAAGGAAAGACAAGAAUGGGAGACAAAAAACUCUCAUCUUUCACAUGAAAUGGCUCAAAUGAGGAAAGAGCAACAGGAAAGGAGUGCCACCUUUGAGAAAUCUGAAAAGGACUUUUCAGAAAAGUUUGGCCAGGCUCAGAAGCAGAUAGAACAACUCCAAGAGACUAUCGCUGAAAAGGUUUCCACAAUAAACAAUUUUGAUGGAGUCCUGGAGGAGAAGCUUGACCAACAGAAACAAAAGAUUCACAAGCUCGAAAAUCAGCAUCAGAUGGAAAUUUUGGACUUCUCUAGCAAAUUAGAGAAGCUGGAAAAUUCCCUCAAAGAAGAGAAAGCCAGGGGAUACAAAGCUGAGAACUGCUUAGCCCAACGGGUGGUGGAAUUGGUCCAGGUAAAAGCUGUGUUGGUUGAAACAGAACGAAAUCUUCAACAACAGAAAGAGCAAUUGGAGAAAAAAACGGAUUGGCUUAUCAAUGACUAUCAGCUGGCCUUAUUAAAGGAAAGAAAACAGCUCCAAGAUACUAUCGCUGAAAAGGUCUCCAUAAUAAACAAUUUUGAUGGAGUCCUGGAGGAAAAGCUUGACCAACAACGCCAGCAGAUGGAAAUUGCAAAAGAGGAUUAUCGGCAGAAAAACUGUGAUUUCUUCCUCCAAGUGUCGCAACUGGAAGCAGAACUUCAGCAAGAGAGGGAUGAAAAAAACCGUGUCAAACACAGCUUUGAACUGGAGGCAAGAGAGUCUGCUAACUUAAGGGCUGCGUUGUUCUGUGUAGAGAAAGACCUGGAGUAUCAGAAGCAGCAAUGGGAAACAGAACUCUUGAAUGUCCAUCAACCGACAACCUCUGCUUUAGCUGAGACCCAAAAACAGUUGGAACAGGAAAGAGUAGAGCGGCAGGAAGAAAAGGAGGCUCUUCUUCAGCAAACUGAUAAUCUGAAGCAAGUGGUCAAGACAUUAAAAACUAAUGCCCAGAAAACGGCAACGGUUAACAGGAAAAAAAUUAAAAGACUACAACUGCAGGUGGAGCAGUUGAGGAAAACAAAGACUAAAAGGACAUCUUUUAGAAGAAGGUUUGUGAACCUUUUCCGAAGGGUCCCAUAUACCUCAAUGAACUAGGAAAAAUAGUCCACUAGGUGGGUUCAUGUUAGGUUUAGGGUUGAGGUGUAGGUUAUCCUUUGUGUGCAUAGGCGUAAUGAACUGUAGGAACAUUAGUAACAUGUCUGGGGAUUGAAGUAGGACCUCAGGUAGAAAAAAAACAAGUGGGUUUAGAUUUAUGUAGGACUAGCUAAGUUUAUGUAGGACUACCUGAGUAGCCCAAUCAGGGCUACACCUUAGCCCCUACCUUAACCAAGUAGCCCAAGCAGGGCUACUGGGUUAAGGUAGGGGCCGGGGUUUGUGUUAGGUUUAGGGUUGGGUGUAGGUUGUCCUUUGUGAGCGUAGGUGUACUAAAUUCGAAAAACAUUAGUAACAAGUCUGGGGAUUGAAGUAGGACCCCAGGCAGAAAAAAACAAGUGGGUUUAGAUUUAAGUAGGACUAGCUGAGUUUAUGUAGGACUAGCUGAGUAGCCCAAGCAGGGCUACAAAACCCAGCCCCUACCUUAACCCAGUAGCCCAAGCAGGGCUAAUGGGUUA